AUGUCUAUAAUUUGUACACUUUCCUUGAGAUCCCCAGACAAUGCAGCUCGUGCAAUUGAAGCCGGAGCAGGAGACCUUGCUAUCCAAGCCAUGCAGAAAUAUCCUGAAGCAGAACAAAUGCAAAGGAACUCCUGUCUCAUGAUUAGGAAUCUUGUGGUCAGAAACCCAGAAAACAGAACUCUUUUGCUUGGUAAUGGUAUAGAGAAGGUAAUAAGAAAAGCAAAGGAAAACCAUAAGAGCUGCAAAAAUGCAGCCACUGAUGCGCUUCGGGAUCUGGGUGUUGAUGACUACAACACGUAG